AUGACCGUUUCCAAGGAAAUCAAACAGUUCCGUAGCUACGUUCCAGUGGCAUCGAGCUGCACAUACCUCAACUCGUCGUUCCAGCCUCCGAUGAACCAGAUCGUCUAUGACUCCAUCAAGAAGUACCUUGACGACGCUAUCAGCUUGGAUCAUCCUAAGCCACAGUUCAUCUCCCAGUGUGAGGACACCAGGGAGAAAUUGGGUGUGUUCUUGAACACCGACUCUGCCAACCUUGCCUUCACAAGAGACACCACUGAAGGUGUCAACUUGUUCCAAAGAUCCAUCAGAUGGUCCAAAGGUGACAACGUUGUUGUGCUUGCAAACGAGCAUCCAAACCAGGGGUUUGGAUGGCUUGGCUUGGCCCAAGAUGGCCUGGAAAUCCGCCUGAUUCCUGUUGAUGAGUCAGCAUUGAAGCCGUUCACGGCAGAUGACUUCAGGCCAUAUGUCGAUGAGGAGACUAAAGCCAUUGGACUGAGCUCUGUCAUGUUCCAUUCAGGGCUGAGAAAUGAUGUUAAGGGUAUAGCCAAAGAAUUCAAGCCUAGAGGCAUCCACAUCUUGGUCGAUGCCACUCAAGAGGUUGGCUUUGGUAGGAUUGAUGUUGAGGACCUCGGUGCUUCAGCCAUCGCCUUCAGCGUCCAUAAAGGACUGAGUGUUCCAAACGGCCUGGGGGUCCUCUACGUUGAACCAGAGACCAUGAAACUGUUGAAAGACACACCUCCAAUCCUCUGUGGUGGUUCCAUCAGUAACCUCAGCCCCGAUUUGACCAUCUCUGAAGACUUCGAGGUGUUUGCAACUGCCCAUCGGUUUGAACAUCUGAACAAGCCCAUGAUGCAGUGCAUUGCUCUUGGUGCCUAUUUGGACUUUAUUCAAAGUGUUGGCAUGGAGAACGUCCAAUUGUACCUCCAGGAGCUGGGCUCAUACCUCAGAUCUGAGCUGCGUAAGAUAGGAGUUGAAACCAGUGGUCCAGACGACGUUGCUGUGAGAUCACCUCAUAGCAACGUCAUUCCACUGUAUGGCGAACAGUGGGCCUCCCAAUUCGCAAGCAACAACGUCUACGUUAGCCAGUACAGAUGUGGAACCAGGGCCUCGCUGGGCCUGUACAACGACAAGGCUGAUAUUGACCAUUUCGUCACCGUGAUCAAACAAGGUCUUGAAGAUGGAUUGGCUCUACACAGUUAG